AUGUCCUCAGAUACCCCUACUUCCUCGGAAUUACAAGAUAAGUCCCUUGCUGUUUCUUGGGAAACGUUGUAUUCUCAACUUGAGAGAUACUGUUACGAUUCUAUAUUGAAUAAUAGAAUUCCAUUUUUAAAGAAAAUUAAACAAUUACUUGACACUCAAGAAAAAGAUAAAAAUGUCGAAAUUGAUCAAUUGAAAGAUAUUUCAGUUACCUUAUUGAACACUUAUUCAAUAUACAAUGAUUCCAAAUCCAAAGCUUUAGUUAUUGAGAUUUUUGAAAAAAUAAUUAAAUUGCAAUCUAAUUUAUUGUCAGUUUAUAUUAAAUUUAUUUACGAACAUACUCAUAAAAAAAUUGGUAGCAAAGCUACCGUCGAUUACUUGAAUUUAUUAGAAUGGGUGAAUGCUUUUUACAAGAUCAUUUAUUUCUCCAAUGACAGUACUUUGUUUAAUGAAAAUUACAAAGCAUUAAUUCAAGCUCACACUACAGUUACCAAUGGUAUCGAAUUAUCAUUGAGUAAUCAUGAGACAUCAAACAAGAAAAGUAAAGAAAAACAAAAUCAACAUAGAAGAAGAAUUCGUUACUGCUCAUUACAAAGCACAACAAAAACUUUAACUGAAUGUUUCAAAAGUAAAAUAUUUUCAAAUGAUAUAGCAAGUGAAAGAUUAUCAUUAAUGCUUGAAGUUUUGAUUUCAGAUUAUACUUCCUUAUCUCUUUCUUCCACUGGUACCAUUUUCUUAUUAGGUUCUAUAACUAAGUCCUGUGUCCAAUUACAAAUUAGUAAACCGGUUCUUUUCAAUAAUUUAAAGGAAAACUAUGUUGAAAAAUUCUGUGAUUUUAUUGGAAAAGAAGUCAUUUUAGGUAAAAAUGUACCAAGUGAUUUUUGUGUUGAUGUAUCAUUACGAUCUUUCUUCAAUGAGUUCAUGACUGACGACUUAGUGAUUAAAUACAUAGUUCCAUCAUUGGAAAAGAUAAAUUUGAGAGCUCCAGCAUUGGGUUUUAGUUUACUACGUGAAUUGUAUAACUCUCUCAACUCACAGAAAGUAAAUAUUUUAAACAUCCACAAGUCCACUAAACUAAUCACUCAAUGUUUCUCAUCUUUGAAAAGUUCUAAAGAGACAGUCAGAUUAGUUGCACUAGAAGCUAUUUUAAGUUUACUAAAUUCUAUCUCUAAAGACAAUUAUAAUGCUGACGAUUUACAUUUCUUAAUAAAUGAACUAUUCAAGAAUAUUAAGUCAAAUUUAAAUGCUGAUUACAAGAUAGUUGCCUCCAAGAUCUUCAUUAAUGUCCCAACAUUUGAAAAAUCAUCAUCUGAUAAUAUCGUUAAUGGAUUAUUACCAUACAUUUCCAAGGAAUCAAACGAAGCUGCCUUAAAAUAUUUAUUAGGUGCGUUUUUCACUCACUAUUUCUCAUUGAAUGAGAAUGUAGACGUUGUCAAUAAAACAAUAACUACUGGUUUCAAUGAAAAGAAAAUUAACUUGAAGAAAAUUUGGUUCAUUGAAUUUAUGCUAUCUUCCCAAAAUAUGUCUAGCGACAUGAUUAAUAAUUUUAUUGAGCCUUUACUGGAAUUCAUAAAAGAUACAUUUGAGCAUUCAAAUAAGAAUAACCAAAGUGCGAUCUUAGGAUGUUUUACUUUUAUCAAUCAAGUUUAUAAACUCAAUUUGGAAGACACUAUAAUGUCAAUUAAUAACAUUUUUGAAAACUUGGAUGAUAAACUAUCAAUCGGCAACGCUAUUCUACAGAUUACAUUAACAACAGCUUUGAGCUCCGUUGAAAGAUUAUUAGCAGUGCAACUAACACAUGACUUAUUUAUUAGAUGUCCUGGAUUAGUCGGAUUAUCUAUUAUAAAAUCCCUGGAAGCAAGAUUAAUUACAUCAGAAAUUGAGGAGGAUGAUCAUUUAACUUAUAAAUUCGUGACUCCACUUUUUAACAUCAUUUCAUCUGAAUUAGAGGAUAAAGCUAUUUCUUCAACAUUAUUGAUUAAGGCUUUAUUAAUUUCUCAAUAUGAUCAAUUCAGAUUAAGGAACGGUUGGGCCGAAUUGGUAUUACAUGCUAAACUAAGCCCUUCUGACAUUAUUAUGGAAAAUACUAAUGAGAUUAUCGAUUCUGUUUUCAAUAUUUUAGGUAAUAAAGAACUAGUGAAUACUAACCUUGCGACAUGUGCCUUGAAAGCAAUUUCGUAUGCUGCUUUUGUUAACCCUACUGCGAUUGUUCCACCACUUUCUGAAAAAUUGAGCGCAGACUUACAGACCGAAGCCCUUUCUAAACUAACACAUCAAGAUAUACACAUUGCUAAUGGUACAGAAGGUGAAAUGAUUAUAGAUAUAUUAGACAAAGAUAUGGCUAAGAAAUUGGCUGAUAAAAAUACCAAAGAUUACGAAACCUUACAAUGGGAGAUGAGUAUAAGGAAAGAACAAGCAAAGAAAGCCAAUAAGAAGUUUACAAAAGAAGAACAAGCUCUAAUCAAAGAACAAAUAGCUAAGGAAUCAGAAAUUAGGAAAAACGUCAAUGACAUAAAAUUCUCAUUAAACCGUAGUAUUGUAAUUAUCAAUCAACUAUCCAAAGAUGCCACUUUAGUUGACAAUGGACGUGAUGUUUGGUUUCCUAUUGCCGUCUCUUGUUUAUUAGAAUUAACACAAGAAGCAAACUCUUAUCUUCUAGUUGGCCAAAGAGCAAUUGACGCAUUUUUAUCACUAUCUAAUGUCGUUAGUGAGAGGUUUGGAUUAAUAAGAUUAUUUAUUGGUGUAGCAACUCUACGUGUGUGUAACGUUCAAAAUAUUCCAGAAAAUUACUUAGAAGAAAAACUAGAUGAAUUGUUAUCGAGGGUCUUAUUCAGGAUAAAAUUUGUUUGCGAUCAAAUGCCUUUAGAUGCUACUAGUUUAACUUAUUUGCUACCGUUAUUAACACAUUCAUUAGAAGAAGGUAAAAAGGUUGCAGUAAGGAAUGCAGAUAAGCCUGUUUCAAGAAGCGAUUUUGUUGAAGAAGAGACGGAGGAAGAACAUUUAAUGUUGUCUAUGGAAAUUAUUGGUGUCCAUGCCGAAGUUUUUGAAGAUCCAUCUAUUCCAAGAGUACCAAUAAUGAAAGUUCUAUUCUCAUUACUAUCUUUAGCAUCAAAAGCUAAGUUAGCUAGAGAGUGUCUAAACGCAUUAUCUCAGAGCAUUUCAGUUUCUCCUACACCAGAGGAUUUAGAGCUUCUAUUAUCGUCUCUAUUAUCAGCUAAUCCAUUUGUUCGUUCAACACUUUUGGAAGCCAUUGACAAUGAAUAUGAAUUGGCACCUUAUAUGAAAUAUUCUACAGAGAUAUUUAUUUGUAGAUUUGAUUCUGAAUCUAAUAACCGUGAGUUAGCUAAUUUUAUUUGGGAGUUUAAUAAAUUUGAAAUCACUGAAGAAAUGAUGAAUGGAUAUUUCAAUUAUUUCUCUCAAACUGACAGUGGUCUGCGAUUGUUUACUGCCCAAUCUUAUACAGCAGCAAGUCAUUUAUAUGCUAAAGACGAUAAAGGUAUUUUUGAGGAUUGUUUAAGAAAACUAAUGGAAUUUUACAAAGAAAAGGCAAAACCAUUGAAAGAUAUUAUCGAUGCGUUUGGUUUAGUUGAGAUACCUGCCUCUGAACGUAAAGAUCCAUGGGAAGCAAGAAGUACUACGGCUAUAGCUUUGAAAGAAUUUUCAAAUUUAAUAACCGAAGAUGGAAAUACAGUUAUUGAAGUCAUUGAAUUCUUAGCUAAUGAUGGUCCCCUGGGUGACCGAAAUUCUUUAGUUCGUCAAGAAAUGAAAGAGACUAGUAUUGAAGUAAUUACGAUGCACGGUGCUGAGAAGGUAGAAGAAUUAAUUCCAAUUUUUGAAAUAGCAAUUCAAAAUGCCAAAGAAUCUUCUGUUAAAGAAAAUGUUAUCAUUUCAUAUGGUUCCUUAGCAAGACAUUUAGAAUCUACCGAUGGUAGAAUACAUACGAUCGUUAAACAAUUGCUAGAUACAUUAGAUACACCAUCGAAACAAGUUCAACAAGCUGUAGCUGAAUGUUUAUCAACCUUAGUGUUUUUAUUCAGAAGUCAAGUUAAAGAAUAUGUUAAUGUACUUAUGGAGAAGAAUUUAGAUUCCUCUCUUCCUAAGGCUAUUCGUCAAGGUUCUGCAUGGGGUAUUGCUGGUUUGGUUAAAGGUUAUGGUAUUGCUGCUUUAUCUGAGUUUGAUAUCAUUAGAUACUUAAUUGAGGCAGCUGAAAACAAAAAAGAUCCAAUCAAGCGCGAGUCUACUGCUUAUUCCUUUGAGUAUUUAUCGAAAAUUUUGGGUAAAUUUUUUGAGCCAUAUGUUAUUGAAGUUCUUCCAAUUAUUUUAAAGAAUUUGGGUGAUUCUGUCCCUGAAGUUCGUGAUGCGACCGCAGAUGCUACAAGAGCAAUCAUGGCUAAUACUACCGGUUUUGGUGUUAAAAAAUUAAUUCCUGUAGCUGUCUCUAACCUAGAGGACAUGGCUUGGAGAACAAAGAGAGGUUCUGUCGAAUUAUUAGGUAAUAUGGCUUAUUUGGAUCCUGCUCAAUUAUCCAGCUCAUUAUCAAUUAUUGUACCAGAAAUUGUUGCUGUUUUAAAUGAUUCACAUAAAGAAGUUCGUAAAUCUGCAGAUGAAUCGUUAAAGAGAUUCGGUGAAGUUAUUAGAAAUCCAGAAAUUCAAAAGUUAGUUCCUACUUUACUUAAGGCUAUUGGUGAUCCAACUAAGUAUACUGAUGAAGCCUUAGAUGCCUUAAUACAAACUCAAUUUGUCCAUUACAUUGAUGGCCCAUCGUUAGCAUUGAUCAUUCAUAUCAUCCAUCGUGGUAUGCAUGAAAGAUCAGCGAACACUAAGAGAAAGGCAUGUAAGAUUGUUGGUAAUAUGUCUAUUUUAGUUGAUACAAAGGAUUUGAUCCCUUACCUACAGCAAUUAAUCAAUGAGGUUGAAAUCGCUAUGGUUGAUCCUGUUCCAAAUACAAGAGCGACCGCAGCUCGUGCCUUAGGUGCUCUUGUUGAAAGGUUAGGUGAAGAACAAUUCCCAGGUUUGAUUCCACGUUUAUUGGGAACCUUAAGUGAUGAAGCUAAAUCAGGGGAUCGUCUUGGUUCUGCGCAAGCGCUUUCGGAAGUUAUCAGUGGUCUUGGUAUUAGUAAAUUAGAAGAAUUAUUACCAACUAUUAUUGAUGGUGCCACUAGUUUCCGUCCCUAUGUUAGAGAAGGUUUUAUGCCAAUGCUAUUAUUUUUACCAGUGUGUUUUGGUGCCCAAUUUGCGUCUUACAUUAAUCAAAUAAUUCAGCCAAUUUUAGCAGGUUUAGCUGACACUGACGAGAAUAUUCAAGAUACUGCAUUAAAAGCUGGUAAACUAAUUGUCAAGAACUAUGCAACAAAAGCUAUUGAUUUGUUAUUACCAGAGUUAGAAAUUGGUAUGUUUGAUGAAAAUGAGCGUAUUCGUUUGUCAUCGGUACAACUUACUGGUGAAUUGUUAUUCCAAGUCACUGGUAUUUCCUCAAAGAAUGAGUUCGAUGAAGAUGAAGGAGAUUACUCCGGUGAAGUUUCUAAAAAGAUGGUUGAUGUUUUAGGUGAAGAUCGUCGUAACAGAAUCUUAUCAGCUUUGUUUGUUUGUAGAAAUGAUACGUCUGGUGUUGUUCGUGCUAGUACCGUCGAUAUUUGGAAAGCUAUUGUUCCUAACACUCCACGUGCAGUUAAAGAAAUUUUACCAGUAUUGACAAAUAUGAUAGUAGCAAAUUUAGCUUCCAGUUCCAAAUCUUUAAGAAAUAUUGCUGCAAAUACUUUGGGCGACUUAAGUCGUCGUGUUGGUGGUAAUGCCAUGGCGCAAUUGUUACCAACUCUUGAAAACUCAUUAGAUGAAUCCGCUUCCGAAGAUUCUAGACAAGGUGUCUGUGUGGCCCUAACUGCAUUGAUAGAGCCAUCAUCCCCAGAAUCCUUGGAACAAUAUCAAGAUGCUAUUGUCACGAUUUUACGUAAGACUUUGACAGAUAACUGUGAUACUGUGAGACAAUCGGCAGCAUCUACUUUCGACGUCUAUCAAGAUGUUGUCGGAAAUGUUGCCGUUGACGAAGUUAUUCCAUACUUAUUGCAUAUGUUAAAAUCAGAAGAAUACUCAAAAUAUGCUUUAUCCGGUUUACAAGAGGUCAUGUCCUCUAAGUCUGAAGUUAUUUUCCCAGUCUUGAUUCCUACAUUAUUGGCUUCCCCAAUGGAUGCCUUCAGAGCUUCGGCACUGGGUUCUUUGGCAGAAGUUGCUGGUACUGCAUUGUAUAGAAGAUUAUCAACUAUUAUCAACACCCUAGUUGAUAACUUAGUUGAACUUGGUGAUUCUUCUAGCGAUUUAGUCCUUGCACUACAAUCUGCUUUGGACAAAAUCUUUAUAUCUGUCAGUGAUGAAGAUGGUUUACAUCCAUUAUUACAACAAAUUAUGGCCUUGCUAAAGAGUGAGACAGAAGCUAAAAAAAUUGUCGUUUUAGAACGUCUACCAUAUUUCUUUGAAAAUACUGUUUUAGAUUAUGAAGUUUAUACUCCGGAUAUCGUUUCUAACUGUAUUUUAUCAUUGGACGAUAAAAACCCAAGAGUAGUAAAGGGCAACUAUGAAACCUUAACUACCUUAUUGAAGAAGCAACAAAAGUCUAUGCUAGAAAAGUUAGUAAAACCUGCAAAACAAGCCUUACUGAUGAUUGGUACCCCAGGUCAAGAUUUGGCUGCAUUUUCUUUGCCAAGAGGUCCAAAUUGUGUGUUACCAAUAUUUUUACAUGGUUUAAUGUAUGGUUCCAAUGAUGAGCGUGAAGCUUCUGCCUUAGUUAUUGCCGACAUUGUCUCGAAGACACCUGCAGCAAACUUGAAACCAUUUGUUAGUGUUAUAACUGGUCCGCUAAUUCGUGUUGUUGGUGAGAGGUUCAAUAGUGACAUCAAAGCUGCAAUUUUAUAUGCAUUGAACAUUUUAUUUGCUAAAAUUCCUCAAUUUUUAAGACCAUUCAUUCCUCAACUACAAAGAACCUUUGUUAAAUCUCUUUCUGACCCAUCAAAUGAGACAUUACGUUUGCGAGCAGCUAAAGCCUUGGGUACUUUAAUCGAAUACCAACCUAGAGUUGAUCCUUUGGUCAUCGAAUUAGUUACUGGUGCCAAACAAACAGAUGAUGAAGGUGUUAAGACAGCUAUGCUGAAGGCAUUACUGGAAGUCGUUGAUAAAGCAAGUUCCAAGUUAAACGAAACUUCCAAAAAGAAUAUUAUGGACUUGAUCGAAGAAGAGGUAUUAUCCAGUAACGAAAAGUUAGCUGUAACUUAUGCAAAACUGAUUGGUUCUUUGUCUGAAAUCUUGUCAACAGAUGAAGCGCGUAAUAUCCUAAAAGAGAAGGUAUUGAGUUCCACCUUUGAAAAUGAAACAGGUAAAUUUGGUAUUUUAACUUUAAAUUCUUUCUUAAAGGAUGCUCCUAAUCAUAUUUUUGAGACCGGUUUGGUUAUAGAGUUUGUACAAUUCAUUGUUGACGCUAUGAAUUCUUCGAAUGUCUAUUUCAGUGAAAAUGGUCUGAAAGCUGCUGGUAAAAUCAUGCUAUUAAAUGGUGAAACUAAAUCUCCAACUUCAAAAAUCGAAUCAUCCACUCCUUUCGUUUUAGGAGAAGAUAAUAUCAAACUAUUGAUAGACGAAUUAUGCAAAAACAUGCUAAAACCAAAUUGUAACUCUUCUGAUUGUAGAAGAUUAUCUUUGGUUAUUACGAGAACCCUUGCCAGGUUCAAAUAUGAUGACUAUGUCGCUCCAUAUUUUGGAGAAUUAGGGAAAUCCGUUUUCUCAUGUUUACGUGACCCAGUCAUCCCAAUCAAGUUGGCAGCUGAAAAAGCAUAUCUAGCGGUCUUUAAGUUAGUCGAGGAAGAAAAUAUGGAAACAUUCAAUGCCUGGUAUACUACUGUAUCUGCUACCGGUGCUGACUUGAUCGAUGCUAAUGGUACCACGAUUCAACUUAGAUCCAUUGGAGAUUAUACUAAGAGAGUCAGUAAGAGACUAGCUACUGUUGAAAGAGAAAGAAUAGCUGCUGGUGGUGAUGCCGAAACCAUGUUCAGUGAUAGAUACGAAGAUGAAACCGAGAUAUGGGCUGUUGGUGGUGUUGAAUUGAAUAACGAUUUAUAA